AUGUACGGCAUACUCGUGGCUAGCGUCGUCUUCCUCUUCCUCAUCUCCUACUUCAUCAUCCUACCUGUCGUCAACUACUUCCGCGACCCGAAGGGUUUCCGAAGAUACCCGACUCUCAAUCCCAUCGCUGGCUUCACGGACCUAGGUUUCAUGUGGGAAGCGCAGAAGGGAUUCCGGUCAAAGACACUGUAUGAGAUGCAUAAGAAACACCCAGUGAUCCGUAUCGGACCGAACUCCCUUUCCUACGGAGACGUGCACGCAAUUAAGGACAUAUACGGCCACAGCACCAAGUGCACCAAAGACGUCUUUUACGAGAAGCUCGCCGGGACGCAUUUUCACCUCGCGGACGUCGUCGACAAACCCGAGCAUGCACGCAAGCGUAAAGUACUCUCGUCCGCCUACGCACUCAAGAAUCUCGAAGGCUGGGAACACAAGGUGGCCGACAAGACGGAGCGCUUCAUCCGCGGCUGCGACGCCGCAUGUACCGCGCCCCUUUCGAAGGAGUUUAAGCGGCCCGACCCGAAAGACCUCACGUUCGACUACCGCGCCUGGAGCAACUUCUUCACCCUCGACGCCAUCGCCGACAUCGGUCUCUCCGAGCGCCUCGGUUUCCUCGACCAAGGCUCCGACCGCGUGCUCGGCGAGACGAUGGACGGGAAGCUCCACUAUAUCAACUACCGCGAGUGCCUACACUCCACAGCGCGAGCACAAUCCAGUAUCGUCUGGGCAUACGACUGGUAUAAAGUGAACGAGAAGCUGACGCGGCUCUUUUCUUCGCGCUUCCGCCACUUCUGGCACCUCAACGAGGGCUGGAACGACAUUGUGUACCGUCGUGCCAAGCAGCGCCUGGCGCGGUACGAGGCGGGCGAGAAGCUGGACGACUUCUUCCAGGUGCUUAUGGAGGACAAGAACGGCGCGCCUAAUAACCUCGAGUGGGGCGAGCUCGUCGCUGAGGUCUCGAUCAUGCUGAACGCUGGCUCGGAUACCACCGCCAUCGCCAUGAAUAACGUGAUGUUCUGGCUGCUGCGUAAUCCGGCUUGUCUGGCCCGUCUGCGCGAGGAGGUCGACUCGGUCCUCGACCCCGCUGAAGUCGUCGCCCCUUACGACAAGGUUAAGCAUCUACCAUACCUCCGCGCCUGCCUCGACGAGUCGCUACGCAUCACACCUCCCACAACCUUCGGCCUCCCCCGGCGCACACCACCGGAAGGCGCCCCAAUCCUCGGCGAGUACAUCCCCGGCAACACCUCCGUCUCCAUCUCCGCAUACGUCGCGCACCGCGACCCCUCAGUCUUCCCGGACCCGGAGCGCUACGAUCCGGACCGCUGGCUGCAACCCGACUCCAAGGACAUGCAGCCAUACUUUGUUGCGUUCAGCGCCGGCGCCCGCGGCUGCAUUGGUAGGAAUAUCAGCUACCUCGAGCAGACCGUGCUUCUAGCGUCUGUGGUGCAUAGAUACGAGUUCGCGCUGCCGCACCCGGGGUGGGAGCCGGAGCUGUGGGAGAGCAUGAAUUGUGGGGCGAAGACCAUGCCGUUGAAGGUCUGGAGGAGAGAUCUGGGCGCUGGCGUGGUGGCGGAGACGGAGAAACUGGUGGAGGCGUAG